UCAACCAAUCGUGGCAAGUCACUUAUCACAAUGCAGCCAAAGUAAACGUGUUUGAAACUUAAAACAAAUUUAUUAAGAUUUAAACUUAGUAUUGGAAUGUAAAAAAGGCAUUAAAAUUUAACGUGAUGUGAUCAUUCUGUGUAAUUUAAAAUAAUAAUAUUUAGUGAUUUCGAAGUGGAAUUUAGGAAAUACUUGAACUUCUCUGGAUAUAACAUCAAACCAUAGGUGAAAGAUAAAUUUUCUUUCACGGUUUGCGUACACUUAAAGGAAGACGUGAAAAACACUUAAAGUGACACUCAGCACGUGCUAUUCUCUUCCAUUUUUCACUCGAAUUUUGAGAAGACACGUGACAAAUAGGAAUGUCAAACAGUAAUUAAAGGCAAUGAUGAGUAAUUAAAGUGAUAAGUGAGAGUUAAUUGAUGUCAUUAAUGACAGUGACCAAACAUAAUCAUUGGAGGGCAAUAAAAACAAAUAUUGCUUAAAUAAAUUUCAGUUUGGAAUAAUACUCUUAAAUAGUUACUUUAUAAAUACGGAAUAUUGUGAUGUAAGGACAUACAUUCAAAACAACAAUUGUGGAAGUUACUGAUAUAUAUUAACAUUGAAAAUUGUUGAAUUUUAACCUAUGUAAAGUUAUUGAUUCAUUGCAAUUAUGAUCGAAGUUGACAGUGUUAGACGGAAUUAUAACAUAGGGCCCUAUGACCCGGGUUUUGCUGCCUCCCAGUACCCUCUUGGUGGAACCAUUGGAACCCCUCACUACGAUAAUCACAGAGUCCUAGUCCACUGGAACCAGCCGCCGGCAAUACCUCAUGGAACCAGCCCGACGACAACAGCAGCUAAAUCCGACGGAGAAGAUGACGACGACGAUGACGAGGACCGUCCGUUCACACCUCCGCCUCCUAGAGAGCGACUGAGCUAUACCCGGUACCAGCUGGAACUACUGAACGGCAUAUACGAGGAGGUUCGAUACCCUAACUCGACACAGAAACAACUGAUAGCUAAACGUGUUGGUAUAACCAGGGAACAAGUAAAGAUAUGGUUCCAAAAUAGACGACGAAAAGAUGUCAUCGGAAACACAGGAAAACCAAAAAGUGAAAAAGCCUGUGAUACUAGCACUAGCAGCACGUGCAGUACCGGAAGUAGUAAUAAUUCUGACUCGCAGCAAAAUAGUCCAGUGGCAUUAGACGGCAAUGAAAGUAGUUCUUCGGAAGAAAAUAGUGCUAGUAGUUCCGUGAAAGAUGAUGGUGAACAAGUUGUACCAAAUGUUGUUAUGAAAAGUGUUAUAGGUGAAUUGAUUAAAUUCACAAAUGAUCCGCUAAAAGGAAAGAAAAAUAGAAAGAAGAAAACAAACAAACAGAAAGAAAAAGCAGCAAUUAAGAAAGGACUUGCAACAACUCUACUCACAGGAAGUUAUGAUAUGAUCAAUCCGCCCAAUCAAGUAACACCAACAGCAUUUUUUGAAAAAAUUAAAAGUGGAUUUAAUCACUCAAAGAACAGAUCAGCCUUUGCCUCACCUCGUGAUUUUACAAAACCGACCCAGAUUAGUCGGAUUUCGAGUAGUUCCGAUGGAACAGCAGUUAGCUCUGCAACUAGUCAUGGUAAUAUUCCGGCACCUUUGAAAAAUAGUCAAAAUGCGUUCCCAUUUCCUGGUCCAGGGGGAAAUUUUCUCAGUGCUGGAUUCAGUGGCGGUUACCAUCAUACUUCUGGAUGUGAAAUCCCUGUGUUAUCAGAACUUUUGACAAAUAAACCCGGUAUUAAGUCACAGCGAAAGGAUGCACUACUUCCUUCAAACUCUUCAGCGACAACUAUAACAACCGAUGUGCCUUCACCGCUGCAGCGCGGGAGCACUGAUACUCGUCUUCCAACUCACACAGGAAUGGCCCCUUUUACUCCGGGUAGACCAUUAAAUGGCAUUUAUCCCUAUCCAUUUCUAGCAGAACAGCCGAGGUUGUUAUCAUCACUAAGGCAACAGGAGCAUAUUUUCCGUCCUUCAGCGCAGUAUCCGGUUUCUCAUUUCAGUGAUGACCCUUACCAGCCAUUGUUUAUUUCAUCAUUGGGUAACCCUUACUUUUCACCGCCACCACCACCACCACCAGUGUCAUGGCAAGGCUCGAGUGCAGCACGAUCGAUUCCAACCUCAGCAUACACACAAUUAUAGUUGAUACUGAAAAUGGCAGGGUGUUUAAGCACCGUUAAAGUGAGCUAGUGUAAUGUCACAGGUGCGCUUCAGUAACGAGAUCUAAGACUGUUGUGUUCAUUCUUAUUUCAAAGUUGGUACAGGAAUAAGUACACAUUUACUGCAUGAAAAAUUCUGUACUGUUUUCAUCUUGUUUUAUUUCAUAUUUAUAUUCUUAAUGAAUUGUAUAGAAGUUACUGCUCUGAAAAGGAAAUUGUCAGGGUCCACCAUGCAAUGUGUACAGUGAUUGAUGUAUUUAAUGUACAUGUACAUA